AUGUCUGACUUUAUGGAACUUGUGAGCGCUGCUGUCGAUGACAAGUCGGAGAGCCUUAACGCACUUGCCCGAUACCUUUGGAACAACCCUGAAACUGCUAUGAAAGAAUUCAAGGCCCACGAUCGAAUUGCUGCUUUCCUAGAAAGUGAAGGUUUUUCUGUACAGAAAAACUACAUCUUACCAACGGCAUUUCGUGCAGAGUUUGGUGGCAAAGGACCCAUGGUUGUUUUCAUGUGUGAAUAUGACGCUCUUCCCGAUAUUGGACAUGCUUGUGGACACAACCUCAUCGCUGAGUGUGCUGUUGCUGCUGGCAUUGCUGUGAAACAAGUGCUUCAGGAAAACACAUCGCUUGCCGGAAAGGUUGUUGUUCUUGGUACACCAGCUGAAGAAGCGGUACACGGAAAAGUACACCUCUUGCAAGGAGGAGCCUUUGAUGAUGCGGCGAUUGCGCUGAUGGCGCAUCCGACGCCCUUGAACGAAGCAUGUCCUUCAACUUCUGCACUUUUAAGGGAAAAUGUAGAAUACGAAGGGAGACAAUCCCACGCCGGUAUAAAACCAUGGGAUGGAGUUAAUGCUUUGGAUGCUGCCGUCACUGCGUACGUAAAUGUGGGUUUACUGAGGCAACAGAUGAAGCCCGAGUGGAGAAUUUCAGAGCUACAAGCGUCUACAUUUCAUGGUGUAUUUCAACGACCUAUUUACAUCAACGACACGUGA